UUGUGUGAUGAUUUAUUAAAUAGGAAAUUGAUUGAUUUCAAACAGUCAAUUCAGGUUUUUUUUGUCGAUUUUGUGACUUUCGAAGGUACAUAGGAUUUCUGCCAAUUCAAUUUUUCAAAAAUUAUGAACUUUUCUUUAAACAUCGUUAUAAACUAUUUGUUUUAUCAUAGAUCUCCUCGUUUUUACAAUAAAUUUGAUACAGCACUAUAAGAUUAAAUAAAAAUCAGCCAUAAUUUUCGGCAAUUAUUGUUUGAAAAUAAUAACUUACAUACACUGAGAGAAAAGUGUAUGGUUGUGGUAACUAGAAAGGGAUGAGUAUGAAAAAGUAGUAGUCAUAACUAAUAUUUAUAGUUUCUUGUACUAUGUCAUAGUGCCCGAGCCUAUUUGAAAGUAGUCCCUGGUGGAAAUUUUUCGGACUUCUGUCUUAAAAAGUCUUUGGAACUCUGAAAAAGUCUUUAGAACUCUAGAAUUGAGUUUUUAAGACAGAAGUCCGAAAAAUUUCCACCAGGGGCAAUAUCAACUAAACGUGACUAACAUUUUUUGUUUUGUUAUAACCUGCUUAAAAAUUCGAUAGAUUCUUAUAGCUGUUUGUAUAAGGCCCUAUACUUAACUAUAGCACUUCUCAUAAAACUCAUCAUUCUUAGAAAAUCUCUAUGGGAAUUUAUGAAAAUCUAUUGGAUUCUAUAAAAUUUUCUAAACAGGUUCACCCCUACAACUAAAGAAUGAACCAGUGACUAUUUUAGUUUGUUUAUCAUUCAAUAGUUUCUGUAACUACUCUUAAUAGUCAACGCAACUACUCUGACAAUGUAGUCGUCGUAUUUCACUACGCAUAAAUAGUUUCUCCAACUACUUCUAAAUAGAUUGAUUGAACUGUGAUACGUUACUUUAAUUAACAUUUAGUUACACGAUGGAUUAAAUUUGUUGGACUUAUUUUGGUUUAUAACAUAAGAUACCUUUUCAGCUCUUGCGUCUUAAGGGUAAAAAUUCAUGAAAAUAACAUGAAAUCCUAGAAAUUUUCCAAAAAUAAAUUUUUUCAAUAUAUAAUUAUAAUUUAUUUAUAAAGCCGUAAAACGAACAGUGGAAUUGUGAAGGCCCAUCUAAGAGUUACAAUAAUUUUGGCGCUUUUGUAAUGCUUGAAAAUUGAUAUAUUCCUGUUAUUUUACCAUUUUUACAGUGCACGAAAGCACAUCCAACAGAGAUGCAAGUAGUUUGAAAGGCAUUUGCCUUCUUCUACUGGUAUUGUGCAUAGCGAAGCCCGCUACCCAUUUUUAGCUCGGUUCGUAGUAUACAGUGUAGCAGUCCAAGACAAGAGUACGUUGGCUUAGCCUUGCUGACGAAUUCGUUAACGUACUCAGGACGAAACUACUACCUAUUCUGGCAUACAUAUAUAUUUUACAUAAAAAUUGUAGGCGUACUAUGGGUAGAACAGAGAAGAAUCGUCGUAAAAAAAAAAAAAAAAUUCCAAAACCAUUAGAAGAUCUAUCAACUAUUGAACAGUUGGAAUCUUGGAUGAAAUCUGUUGGCUGGACCCCAUCAACUAAUAUGAAGCCCACCAUUUUUCCAGUCACGCACAGAGGCUUGAUCACGUUGGAAAAUAUAAGUCCUGAUACUCCACUUGUGAAAAUACCGAAAGAGCUUUUAAUAACUCCAUCAGUUGCUUGGAAUAGUAACGUAAAGUCUAUUUUUAUCGAAAAAAAUGGUUACACAGGACACUCUGUAUUAGCAACUUUCCUUUUAUAUGAAAAGCAUUUAGGAACUACUUCAACAUGGAAGCAUUAUUUAGAUAGUUUACCGAAUUCGUAUACAACUCCAAGUUACUGUACGAAAAUGGAAAGAAAUAUUAUGCCCUUUUACAUGCGUCAACAAACAAAUAUUUUACUACAAAGAAUGAUUGUUGACUAUCAAUCCAUUUUGAAAUCUAUUCAUCAAUUAAAAAUUAAUUGCAAUGAUUUAUGUACACAUUGCUUAAUGUCUUUGCCUGAAAUAUUCACAUUCGAAGCUUUCAAAUGGAGCUAUUUUACUGUUAAUACCAGAGCAAUAUAUAUGAGAGAUAGUAAUUUUAUUAAUGGAGGGAAUAUUCACAAAGAUGACAAUUUAGCAUUAGCUCCUUUUUUGGAUUUGCUAAAUCACUCAUUUGAUGCUAUUGUUGAUGUAAAACCGAUAAAUAAUACAUUCGAUGAAUCAUAUCAAAUCUAUACUUCAAAAGCAAUCCAGAAAAAUUCUCAAGUAUUUAUUAAUUAUGGUAAUCAUUGUACUCUUAAAUUGUAUGUAGAGUAUGGGUUUUUUAUUCCAAAUAAUCCAUUGGAUGAAAUAUUCAUAGAUUAUUUAUUCAUUAGUAAGUAUAAAAAAAUUUCAGAAUUAAAAAAUAAGUACAUUUUACGUAAUGAUUUUCAUGAAAAUAUAGGAUUUACGUCACAAGGGUUGAAUUAUCGUGCUAAAAUUUCAUUUUUUAUCAUCUGUACAACUUUAAAAAUUAUUGAAAUGAGAGAUAAAAUUUAUUGUGAUAAUUUAAAUUAUCGAGAUGAAUUGACGUCUAACAUUUUUUCGUGUAAAAUAUUAAACAUUGAACGACUGAAGCUUAUGAAAGAUUUAAAAAGAAUGAAAUCUCAAAUUAAUAAGAGUGACAGUUUUAAAAUUGGUAUUGAUGUUCAAAAAGAGCACAUUUCUAUUUUAGAUAAAUGUUUUAACCGCAUGUUUUAUAAAUAGUGCUAUCUAAAGAAUGAUCAGAAAUUGUAUUAUAUUAUUGUAAGCUUUCCAAUGUUUUAAAAAGAUUUAAACACAUAUAUAAUAUAUUUUUGUUAAAAAUGAUGAAUGGCCGCAAAAAGCUAAGGCUUUAUGACUAAAUAAAUGAAAAAUAAAUGAAAUUGUAAUCAAAGUAAGUGGUAUUUCCAAUGAUGAAACAUUUACCCUAAAACAAUUUAUAUUUCUGCGUAGGAAACAUCCCUACCCUAAAGGACCCAUAGAAUUUAUUUAAAUGGGUCAGAAACCGUAUAGAAUUCAAUACUUGUAUUAUCUGCAUUGAAUCUGAGUUUUAAGUUUGUGUGGCUAAUCGAAAUAACCAAACUUCAAACCAAUGCAAUUUAGCUGGUAAAUGUUGGUCAGUUUCUUUUUUCGGGAAGAAAUUAUCUGCCUGCUAAAUGAGUUUUCACCAUAUCUGCACUGAUUGUUUAAAUGUCCGCCCUGUUUAGCUGGAAGAAAGUCGUAAUUUCUUCUUUUAUGAGAAAACAAAUAAAAUAAAUUUACGUAUGUGUCAUUCUUCCCGUAAACAAAGGCGAAAAUUUAAACUUGCGAAUAGAAAUUUUAUGACAAAUAGUAUACACACCACGAGAAAAAACGAAAAUUCCACUCUAAAUAAGAAAUGUGAUUUGGAAAGAUUAAAAAAAACUUUUUCUAAUACUUUUUAAUUCUUCCAUAAACUUUAAAUCCUCCUAAUUUUUAAGCAACAAAUCUUUUUGAAAAGUUCCAAAUUACCCGUUGU